GAAAGGGUUUCCCCAGAUCUCCAUAUUGCUUUUUAGUUAAUACGAACUCAUCUCAAUAAUUUAAAAUAAUGAAUGAUCGAGAUCAUUUAAGUAUAUCAUGGCAUGAUACAGCUUGGAUUCCGGUUUUAAAUCAGAACAAUGUACUUGAUUAUUUCUCGGAAAGAUCUAAUCCGUUCUAUGAUAGAAUGUGUAAUAAUGAAAUUAUUAAAAUGCAGCGUUUAAACACAGACCAGCUACAAAAUAUGGUUGGAAUAGAGUAUGUUUUAUUACAUGUUCAAGAACCAAUUCUUUAUGUUAUCAGAAAACAACAUCGUCAUUCACCCACACAAGCUUCGCCUCUAGCUCAUUAUUAUAUUAUAGCUGGUAUUGUAUAUCAAGCACCAGAUCUAUGUAGUGUUGUUAAUUCCAGAUUGUUAAAUUGUGUGUCUAGUUUACAGUCCGCUUUUGAUGAAGCUUCGGGUUAUUCUAAAUAUUCGCCUUCUAAAGGAUAUUUUUGGCAGUUUAAAGAAAAAGAAGAAAAAGAGAAAUUAGAGCACAAAGAAAAGAAGAAAAAAAAAGAAGAACCAAGUUCAACGUUCCAGAGACAUCGAGUUGAUUUAUUAUUGGGUGAACUGGGUAAAAAAUUCCCUCCACCAACCAUGGCACCACCUCCAGAGACUGUUAUUAAAAGUGAGGAGGGAAAUAAACCAGAAAUGAAAACAGAAAUUAAAACUGAAAGACCAGAUGAUAAAAAUCCUUCCAGUAUGAAACCACCACCAGAAAAAAAGCCUAAAAUGAUGAGAUGACAUGAAAUUGUCAAGGAAGUCUAAAGUCCAUAAUAAAGAUAUUGAUCAGGAAACCAUUUAAAGAUGCAUAUGUAAGAUUUAGAUAAAGAGCUAGCCUUUCUUGCUAUAAUAGUUCCAAAACAAAUGAUUCCAAAUUAAUAUACUGAAACCUUCAGUAAAUGGCAUUUACUAAUUUAAAGAUGCACAUAUGUAAGAUUUAGAUAAAGAGCUAGCCAUUCUUGCUAUAAUAGUUCCAAAACAGAUAAUUCAAAAUUAAUAUACUGAAACCUUCAGUAAAUGGCAUUUACUAAUUUAAAGAUGCAUAUGUAAGAUUUAGAUAAAGAGCUGGCCGUUCUUGCUAUAAUAGUUCAAAAAUAGAUAAUGCAAAAUGAAUAUGAAAGAUUUCAAAAUUUUAACAGUUGUGUAUCAGUGCCACCAUGGCAAUAUAAUGCUUCAUCGUAUUUAAAGGAAAAUGUAAAUCCCUAGCUAUCAAUUGCUGCCCGGGCAAAAUUUCCCUCAUAGCACACUGUAUGGCAUAUGCCCGUCUUCAUUAGCCCAGUAUAGGAGCAGAACAGUAGGUUGUUAAACCCCAUUUCAUUUCAUUUCAACGAUAUAUUGCAGUGUCAUUGCAGAAACUGAAAAAAAAUGAGUUUUAAAUCAUUUGAAGUUUCAGUGGCUUUGAAGUGGAAUGCCCUGCUGUUAGCUUUAAAAUCUGCUCCGUCAUUUCCAAUAUUUAAAUCUAAAUUAAAUAAAAGAUUUUCCUGUUUUCUAAGUAUAUAAAAAAAUACACAAAAGUUAACUCAGAAUUAACUUUGUGUGCAUUUUUAGCAGACUUUAUUGUUUGGAGUUAAGCGCUAUGUAAGAAUCUUAUUAUUUUUAUUAUUAUAAUAUAUUGAAAAUAUCAAUCAAAUUACUUUAUUCUGAGAAAAUUUACCAAAGUUUGUAAUUUUGACAAGAUAUGGCAUAGAGUGUUUAUUAUCAUAGCAAAUGUACUUGUUAAUCAAGACUUAGCCUCGAUUCACGAUUAUCAAAUUAAAUCAUUAAAUGGCAAUCAUAUUUUGAUUCAUUUAAAUCUCUGCCAUCUGAUUAUCUAGAGAGUUGAUUAUAGGCUUUUCAUGUGAAUAAUGUGAAUAAAAGUCUAAAUAAUAGUUAAUAUAACAUUUAAAGUCAAAUUAAAAACCUGAAAUAUACAGAUUUAGCUCUUACAUAAUUGUUAAUCUGGUCAGGAAUAUGUUACUCAUCAGGGAAUUGGCAUUGUGAAAUAUUUAAAUUAGGACAAAUAUGAAAUUUUCCAUUAUAAAAAGAACUGUGUUCAGAUCUAGUUAACUUGGUGGAAAUUUCCGUUAUAAAAAGCAAUUAUGCAUGAAGUUAUAUAGUGGAACAACUGUUUAAUAGUGCAUGUACUAUUAGAUAAUAUUAUCAUAUAUCAUAUUUGUUAAUAUUCAUUUAUUCACAUUCAUUAAAAUAAACACUUAGAAAUGCA